CUCAAUGAUGUUUCGUUUUUGGUUGAUAUCGACAUUCUUUUUGUUACAUUUCGUUACUGGAACGUACCUCGUUCUAAAUCCCUACCAGGCAGGUGGCGCUGGAGGAAACGAGUUCACCUGGGGAACUCCCAUGGGAACCAUGUGCUACCAGAACACGGUCAAGUCGUAUUACCCUGUUACGACUACAACUUUUUACAUCAACACUGCGACCAACAUCAACCACAUCCGCUGCUGGAGUGGUUCUGGGCUGUUCCCGAUCAACGCCAUGCUCGUCAGCGGAGGUGUCGGAACCCGGGCGGCCAACGUCCAGCUUUCGUCCCUUUCGGCGAAGCUCAUCGGUGGCUGUGAAGCAAUGUGUGCCUGAGCAGUGAAUAAAUUAAUGAACUCAAGUUGUGUAUAAUUUACACCCAACAAACAAAAAAAGAGGCCAAUGUUCGCGCACUAAUUCUUCCCAAUUAUGACCCAAUUCCGCAGGUCUCACUUGAAUCGGACUACGAAAUUGCCACUUAUGGCAGGAGGUUGCACCUUAAUUCUAGACAUUUUGCACUGCGAUGCACACCACACACGUGCAACAUUGUCAUUGGGAGAACAACAAAGUUGCACAGCAAAUUGAUAGUUUUGAGGUUUGCAUCUACAGGAAAAAACGGUGUUUUUCGACGUUUGUUUUUGCAUCCAUGCGUUUCUGGGUUUGGCGUGAACAAAUGAUGGUGUCGAGAACAGUUAUGAUCAUAAUUUGAAGCUUUUGACUUUGAAAAAAUAGAAAAUAAAAAAUACACACAUUUUCUUGAGUAAGGGUAAAAAACGAUGAAAAUGUACAUGGUAUCA